CUGCUUAAAGACAUAGACUCCCAAGAACGAAGCUUUGAGACAGCAAUAUCUGUCUGCUGUUAACAACUAAGCACUUCUCUAGCCUUGGUCAGCAGGCUCUUGUGACUAUGAAAUGACAGGAUCACACUAGGGCAGUCAAAAACGCGUUUUGUAAUUAAAAACCUUGUUAUUUUUGUUAGCUUAGAGGAGCAAAACUUCUCAAGUUUUUGAGAGAUGGGAUUAGAGACUUGUGGAAACUGCCUGAGUUGUCUGCUGAUCCCUCUUGCACUUUGGAGUAUUGUUGUUAACAUUCUAUUAUACUUCCCUAACGGGAAGACUUCAUAUUCUGCCAGUUACCAGCUUCCCAGCCACGUGUGGUAUUUUGAAGGGAUCUGUUUCUCAGGUGUGAUGAUUCUCCUGUUAGCAGUAAUUUUAAUAACACUGGAGAGUAACUUGUUCUAUCGGCGCUGCCAGAGUGAGAGCUGUAACAAAACCUACAGGAGUUUUAUUUCAAUUGUGCUAGCCCUGCUUGGGAUUGCUUUCUCUGGGUAUAGUUCUAUCGUUUCUGCUGUGGGAUUGAUCCAAGGCCCCUUCUGCAAUUCAUCAACUGGAUGGGAUUAUAUCUUCAAAGACACCACUGGAGGGUACCUCACAAAUUACUCUGCUUGGUCUCGGUGCACUGAACCUGUAAACAUAGUAGAAUGGAACAUCAUUUUACUCUCUAUUCUGAUAGCACUUAGUGGACUUCAGAUGAUCAUCUGUUUUCUCAAAGUGGCUGCUGAGUUGAAACGCACACUCUGUGGGACCUAUUCUGUCUUUGUUCAGCUGCAUGAAUGCAGUAUGAAGCUGUUCUUCCUAAGUUGCCUGCUGGUUUCUUGCUGUUGCCAAGCAGGGGCGAUGACCAGAAAUUACUAUAUCGGGAUUGUAGAGACAGUGUGGAACUAUACACCUGGCAAUAAAAGCAUCAUAUCCGGGCAGCUCUUUGCAGAAGAAGAGCAGGCUGAAGUCUUUCUCAAACAAGGACCACAUAGAAUAGGAAGCAUUUAUAAGAAGGCUGUUUAUACUCAAUACACCAAUCAUUUGUAUGAUGUAGUAGUUGAGAAACCUUCAUGGCUGGGAUUUUUAGGCCCUGUCAUUAAGGGAGAAGUUGGUGAUUCCAUUGUUAUCCACUUGAAAAACUUUGCUUCCAGAAGCUACACUCUGCAUCCUCAUGGAGUAAAAUAUACCAAGGAAAAUGAAGGUGCUUUUUAUCCUGACAAUACCAAAGAUUUGCAAAAAAGGGAUGACGCUGUGAAGCCUGGAGACCAGUACACUUACAUAUGGGAAGUGACAGAAGAUCAAGGUCCAGCAAGCGGAGAUACUGAUUGUAUAACCAGGGUUUAUCACUCCCACAUAGAUGCUCCAAGAGAUGUUGCCUCAGGACUUGUUGGACCUUUGUUAAUUUGCAGGAAAGGUACCAUGAGUGACAGUGAUAAACGCUUUGCUGCUGAAUUUAUCCUUAUGUUCUCUGUGAUGGAUGAAAAUCUUAGCUGGUACCUGGAGGACAAUAUCAGGACAUACUGUUCUGAUCCUUCCAAUGUUCGCAAAGAUGAUGAGGACUUCCAGGAAAGCAAUAAAAUGCACUCAAUCAACGGGUAUAUGUAUGGAUACCUCCCAGACCUCACAAUGUGCGUGGAAGAUAGGGUAAAAUGGCAUCUUUUUGGCAUGGGUAACGAAGCUGAUGUCCACUCAGCCUAUUUUCAUGGACAGACUUUAAUAGAAAGGAAUCACCGUGUCGACACUGUGAGCCUCUUCCCAGCCACCUUUAUUGAUGCCGUCAUGGUCCCGCAGAGCCCUGGAGAAUGGCUACUGAGCUGCCAGGUGAACGACCACAUCCAAGGUGGUAUGCAGGCCCUUUUUAAAGUGAGAGAGUGUGGAAAAUGCACAACAAAUCAUGAGGAGAGUGCAAAGAUAAGAGAGUACUUCAUUGCUGCUGAAGAAAUCAUCUGGAAUUAUGGCCCAUCUGCAAUGAACCAUUUUACAGGACAGGAAUUAAUUGCUGACAGUGAUUCUCAGAUAUUUUUUGAACAAAGUGAAACAAGAAUUGGUGGCUCCUAUAAAAAAGUUGUUUACAAGGAAUACACAGAUCAUACGUUUACAGAAUAUAAAAAGAGGCUGCCAGAGGAUGAGCAUCUUGGACUCUUAGGACCCGUUAUCAAGGCAGAAGUGGGUGAGAGCAUCAGGGUGACGUUCCGAAACAACGCCAGCCGCCCAUUUAGCAUCCAGCCGCACGGAGUGAGAUACCUCAAGAGCAGUGAGGGGGCUUUGUACAGCACCUUCUCUGGAGGUGCUGAAUCUCCAGCCUCCCACGUGAGUCCUGGCACUAUGUUUACGUAUGAGUGGAACGUGCCGAAAGAUGUGGGCCCUACAGACCAAGAUCCUGACUGCCUAACCUGGCUUUACUAUUCAGCUGUCGAUGCAGUCAGAGACACCAAUUCUGGCCUUGUGGGUCCGCUUUUGGUGUGCAGAAGAGGAGCUCUGCUCCCUUCAGGGAAGCAGAAAAAUGUGAACAGGGAAUAUUUUCUGCUUGCCACAAUAUUUGAUGAGAAUCUCAGCUGGUACCUGGAUGACAAUAUUUUGAUGUUUACACUAAAUCCUGACAAAAUUGACAAAGAUGAUGAGGAUUUCCAGGAAUCUAACAAAAUGCACUCCAUUAAUGGUUAUAUGUACGGAAAUCAGCCUGGCCUUCAGAUGUGUAAAGGAAAUGUGGUUUCUUGGCAUUUGAUGAGCGUGGGGUCAGAAGUCGAUGUCCAUGGAAUAUAUUUUUCAGAAAAUACAUUCCUUAUGAAAGGAACAAGACGGGAUACAGCAAAUCUGUUUCCACAUACUUCUCUCACAGCUAUUAUGAAGCCUGACAGUGAAGGAGUUUUUGAAGUGUCGUGUCUGACAACAGAUCACUACACAGGGGGCAUGAAGCAGAAAUACUCAGUGAAGCAAUGCCACUGGUGGAAUGUGGACCCCACACUGUAUUUGCGUGAAAAAACUUACUACAUUGCUGCAGUGGAAGUGGAAUGGGACUAUUCUCCUAACAGGACAUGGGAAUUUGAGCGGCAUCAGUUUCAUGAAGAAAGCCCUGGCAAUCCAUUUUUAAAUAAAGAUGACAAAUUCAUUGGUUCGAAAUACAGAAAGGUUGUAUAUCGUGAGUUCACGGACCAGACAUUCAGUACUCCCAAAGAGCGAGCAGAGGAGCAGCAUCACCUAGGAAUUCAAGGACCACUGCUUAUGUCAAAUGCUGGAGAUAAAAUUAUAAUUGUUUUUAAGAACUUGGCAUCACGACCUUAUUCUAUACAUGCUCAUGGAGUGAAAACUGAUAGUGAUGUUGUUUCAGUAACUAACCCAGGUGAAACAAAAAUAUAUAUCUGGAAAAUCCCUGAGAGAUCGAGUUCUGGAAGAGGUGAUCCACACUGCAUUGCCUGGGCAUACCAUUCAGCUGUGGACAUCAUCAAGGACACUUACAGUGGAUUAAUAGGCACACUUGUUGUGUGUCAUAGACAUUAUCUGCCAUCAUUUCAUGCCAAAAACAAAGUUCAAUUUGCUCUUCUUUUUAUGGUUUUUGAUGAGAAUGAGUCAUGGUAUUUGGAGGAAAAUAUUAAAACCUACUCUGCUAACCCACACCUUGUUGACAAAGAGGAUGAGGAAUUCCUCGAAAGUAAUAAAAUGCAUGCCAUUAAUGGAAAAGUGUUUGGAAAUUUGCAAGGUCUUACUAUGCAUGUUGGGGAUAAAGUAAGCUGGUAUUUGAUGGGAAUGGGCAACGAAGUAGAUAUUCACACAGCACACUUCCAUGGCCACAGUUUUGAUUACAAGCAAACCGGAGUUUACCGGGCAGAUGUGUUUGACCUGUUCCCUGGGACAUUUCAGACGGUGGAGAUGGUACCACAGAACCCGGGUACCUGGCUGUUACACUGCCACGUUACAGAUCACAUCCACGCAGGCAUGGAAGUGACCUACACAGUGCUCCCGAAGGAAGACAAAUCAUCUGUUUUCCAAGAUCAUUUAGUAUCAAUUAAAGUCUAAUUAAUGGUAUAACAGGCACAACAGUAUGAAAAAGACAUGUUACCACAGCAGUUAUCUGAGGUCUGUCUCGAGUGAGGCAUUUCUUAGGAAACACAAUCACCUGGGCAUCCAUAUUAGCRUGGGUUUUUGAAGAUUUCAUUCAGUGGGCCUCCUCUAACCAAAGGAUCACAGACUGAGACAACUGGAUGGAUACAACAGUUGUAAGGAUAUAAACCUACAUAGUAGCAGUUUCGUGAAAURAAAAAAAAAUAUAUCUUGCCUGCUAUAUAGACAUUCUGAGUGACUCCUGAUGUAUGUUAUUUAACUGCUGAGGAAUUGUCAUAUAUGCAAAGAAUAUGUACGAGACAUGUAAAGUGUAAGUUCCUCUUUUAUUUUUAAAUUUGUAAAUAAACCU